AUGGUUCAGUCCAUAUCACAGAGGGGCGUAGAAUGGGGACUCCAUUUCCCAGCAGCCAAUGGAGAGUACCAGUCUCCCAUUAACUUGAACUCCAGGGAGGCUCAGUAUGACCCGUCCCUCCUGGAUGUCGGCUUAUCACCAAACUAUGUGGUGUGUCGAGACUGUGAGGUCAUCAACGAUGGACACACCGUCCGCAUCAUUCUCAAGUCCAAGUCAGUGGUAACUGGGGGUCCAUUGCCUAGUGAUCAUGAGUAUGAGCUUCAUGAGGUUCGAUUCCACUGGGGCAAAGAGAACCAGAGAGGAUCAGAGCACACUGUCAACUUCAAGGCUUUUCCUAUGGAGCUCCACCUGAUUCACUGGAACAGCACUCUGUUUAACACUUUGGAGGACGCUCUUGGGAAGAGGAAUGGAGUCCUCAUCAUAGCUCUCUUUGUGCAGAUUGGUAAGGAGCAUCUGGGUCUGAAGGCCAUCACUGAAGUCCUACAGGACCUGCAGUACAAGGGGAAGAGCAAGAUAAUUCCCUGCUUCAACCCCAACACUCUGUUACCAGACCCUUUACUGAGAGACUACUGGGUGUAUGAAGGAUCUCUGACCACACCACCUUGCAGUGAAAAGGUGACCUGGAUCCUCUACCGCUACCCUCUCACCAUCUCACAGUUACAGAUUGAGGAGUUUCGGAGGCUGCGGUCCCAUAUCAAAGGGGCAGAGCUACUAGAAGGGAAUGAUGGGAUGUUGGGGGACAACUUCCGUCCGACCCAGCCGCUUAGUGAUCGGACGGUCCGCGCUGCCUUCCAGUGACUCCCAGUUUCCACCGCCAACUCAGAAAAACAUUGGGACCUACACAUACAAGUACAGAAGAGAGAAGGAGGAAGAGGUGUGAACAGAGGAGCGGAAAAAGAGGGAGUGAGAGAGAAAGCUGAUGUGGUUGUAGAUCAGUUGCAGACCGAAGGUGGACAAAGAAACUAUUGAUCUCACACCUCAGUGUUCGCUUUUGUUCGUGUGUGUGUUUGUGUGUCUGUGUGUGUGUAGGUGUGUCCUUUCUGGCAUAACCUCUCUGACCCCCUCUCAUUCUUACUGUCUAUGUGAGCCCAUGCCUGCAUGUGUCCUGUCUGUCUCUAGUAUUAUUGUAUGUGUGUGAUAGGAGGCUUCACAGCUGACCCGUCUCUGCUGUCAAAACAAGAGGAAGUAUGAACCACAGAUGUACCUGAAAACACACACACACACACACACACACACACACACACACACACACACACGCACGAAAAACCUUACUGUACUGACAGAGACACUUAGACAUACACACUCAACAUACACACAUGUGUACUGUGCAGUCUACACAUUUUGUGCAUACACCAGGCUGGUCAUUAUGUGUUACAGACUGAAAGUGCUGUAGUAGACCUGGAUAAGUUCAACACACAAUUUACAGACUAUAUUUCUAACAUAAUACUUUGUUUGAAUCAAUUGUAUCUGACAAUGCAGUCAACGUGAAAGGGAAAAAUGUUCAUAUUAAAAUAUAUUUCAAUACAUGAAUCCACGUUGUUGGCCAAUUUAGACAAACCACCAUUGAUGGGCUGGCACCUGACUUGUCAAUCACCUAGCAAUGUCAUAUGUGUAACAUUAUUUCACUUUUUAAGCCCUUUUGCCCAAGAAAUUCGUCCAAGAGGUCCUGAAGAACCUGCAAUAUGUGGGAAAUAUAGUAUCAGAUACCACUGACGUGAAGGUUACUUGGAAAACUUCUCACUGAAAUUCAGUCCAGAAGUCUAGAUUAUAAUUAAAUAGUUAUAAUUAAAUUACUGACUUACUAAUAAAGGGCCACCAAGGGACAGUUAAAACAGAGUGGUGGUUUCACAGGGUGAUGGUGAGCAUCACCCUGUGAAACCACCGGGUGAGGGUAGCAAGGGUAGCAAGAGAUACACACCCUGUGUGUAUCUCUUGCUACCCUUUUCUGGCUGAAAUGUUUCUGAUUUUUAUUAAAUGGGGUAUUUCUUCUGAUUACAAAGCAAAGAGUGAUGGAGUUUGAUGAUUUGAAUCACCAGGUAGCAAGUGAUUCCUGCUGAGUUUAGUCACAUAACUUUUAUGCUCUCACUGUCUGUGUGAAUGUGAUUAGUUCCACUGCAACACAGUCACCAGAAUAAAUGUUGGUAUUGUGCGUUUUGCAAACCACAAAUAAGUUGCAUUUGCAUUUUAAUAUAUAGCGGAUACGCUAAAACUUUAUGUUUCCACAAUGCUGUGGUUAAUGUGUGGUUAUGUUUAGGCACAAAAACCACUUGGUUAUGGUUUGAAAAAUAUCGUUUUGGCUUAAAAUACUCCAUUUUAGGGGCACAAUCCUCAGUGUAAAAGUACCAAUGUCUCGCUAAAAAACAACCACUUUUCAUAGCACCAUUCCUGCUGUAAAAAAUAGCACCUGGUUGCUACAAAACACCCGCAUUUGGUGACUAAAAAGCUGCUGGAAGCAGCAGUGACUUGCUAAGACACAACCAGGUUUUAGGUUUGUUGGUGUCAAACAGUUGUCUGCAGACAUCUCCCUGAGGUGUCACACCAGCCCCCUACCUCCCAAUGAAAUGUUGAUAUGAGACAUAUGAAUUGUAACAUAUUUGUGGUUUGCAGCAACUGGGCCAGUGCCACUACAGUAGGGCCCCCAAGGACCCCUACAUUGAUAUAGAUUAGGUCACGGGGCCCCAUUUGAUAAGAUUUCACUACAGGGACCUCCAUCUGAAAAGAUUUUGGUUGUUAUGACCAGUAGCCUUUGAUCAGAACAAUCACUCUUAUGACUCUUGAAAACAUUAGUCUCCCUUCUAUAAUGAAUUAAAAAGUGAAAAUAAACCAUUCCCCAUUUCCUGGGGACUGCCUGGAAUUCCCCCAAGGACACCUGAGGGUCCCCAAAACCAUUGGUAUUUGGUAUAGACAACACAGUUGAGUAACUUAACAGUACUCUCUCUGUACUGACCUUACAUUAUAAAGCUUUAAGUCAGCCAAUAAGGGAAUAUAAACGGGAGUCUGGGAGUAAUUGGUUGACAGUGAUUUUUAUCUAUUAACGUGCAUAAUAUGUUAUAAUAGUUACAUUUUAAUGAGUUUGUUAAGACUGGUAAGCUUAAAUUGUGGUGUUGAGGUGGCUACUGGUGUGUAAGUGCUCCAUGCAGAGAUAUCUGCUGCUGCUUAAACCUCCUCUGCAUCUUCAUCACACCAUGCACUUAGAGCAGAUUUAGUUAACCAAACUCACAUUAUUGGAAUUCUUGGCAAUGAAGUCCUUCAAAAAUGUUCCAGACAGUGUUAAUUACAGUUAAAUCAGAUAUGGUCCAGUUAUUACGGUCUGGAUCAUUAAUAGUGCUAGUCUCACUGUCUUUAUUCCCUGUGUAAGUUUUGUGCCCUGUCAUUGUCUAAAGAAAGAAAUCCUGAAGACUUUUCCUCUUUAAAAAUUUCAAAUAAAUAUGUGGACUAUUAAUACCUUUAACCCUCAUUAAAAUCAGUGAAACACUACUCUCAUCACCCCCUUCAUACUGCUAUAAUUAUAUCUGGCAUUAAAAUAUGCCCUGUAUGUGGACAAGUUAUCUGGACAAGGAAAAAUGCAUGUUAUUACAGAUGAUUGGGAUCAAAUCAGCCAGACCCAUCUGGAGGUGGUCAGGGUCACAUUGUGAUUGGAUGUCAGUCAGGUGUAAAUGUAAUUCAUACAAUGUAAUCAAUUUCUGAAGAAAAAAAUUACAUGGCUUUUAUUUUUUAUUUUUUGCCUUUUUUUCUAUGUGUUGAUAAUCUUUUUUUUUUUUUUUUUUUUUUUU